AUGGCGGCUGCUAUCAUGGACCCGGUCACUACCAGCGGGGAGGGGUCCAGAUUCGAGGUUGUCGUUGAGAAGCGGCAGCUCAACAAUGGUGAACAAUUCGAAGUGUUUCCUGAAGAGAAGGAUGAGGAGAUUACCCCCUCGUACUACUACGAGAAUAUGGGUAUCCCUGUGUUUGAACCUACAAUGGAUCAGUUCCGCUCUUUUAAACACUUUGUUAAUAAGAUCAACCAUUACGGGAUGCAGUCGGGCAUCGUCAAGGUCAUUCCUCCAAAAGAAUGGACCGAUAGUUUAGCCUCCCUCGAAGACAAAUUGAAAGACAUCCGGAUCAAAAACCCUAUCAUCCAGCAUAUGGCCGGUGUAGCGGGGGAGUAUAGACAGGAGAACAUCGAGAAGCAGCGGACUUACAAUCUUCCUCAAUGGCGCCAACUCUGCGAAAGCAGCGAACAUCAACCGCCCGCGAAGCGUGGAGAAAGGAGGAAGGGCCAAGCUAUCAAAGAGGCUCCCGAGAGAGAGGCAGAACAAGCGAUUGCAGAUGACGAAGCCUUUGAUGGAUUUGACUUCCGUAUCCACAAUGCAGAUGACUAUACUCCGGAGAGGUGUGAUGAGUUGGAGAAGGCCUAUUGGCGUACAUUAACGUACAGUAACCCACUGUAUGGGGCUGAUAUGCCUGGGAGCUUGUUUGACGACUCCAUCACGAGCUGGAACGUAGCCAAGCUCGAGAACUUGCUUGAUUGUUUGGGCAAGAAACUCCCGGGCGUCAACACUGCUUACCUUUAUCUUGGGAUGUGGAGAAGUACAUUUGCUUGGCAUUUGGAAGAUGUGGAUCUCUACAGCAUCAAUUACAUACACUUCGGAGCGCCCAAGCAAUGGUACUCCAUCUCAAGAGAGGAUAAGCCCAAGUUUGAGCAAGUGAUGAGAGGCAAGUUUUUCUCCUUUUCCUCUCAAUCGGCUCUUAGCCUAACUUAUGACCGCGUUGCAGGCAUCUGGCCUAACGACUCAAAGAAAUGUUCGCAAUUUCUUCGCCACAAGAACUAUCUUGUUUCUCCAUCCUUGCUUCUUGGCCACGGUAUCAAGGUCAACAAGUUAGUCCACCAUCAGGGCGAAUUUGUUAUAACAUUCCCCUUCGGAUACCACUCUGGAUACAAUCUUGGGUACAAUUGCGCUGAGAGUGUAAAUUUCGCCACUGAAGCUUGGCUAGAGUACGGACGCAACGCAAAGAAAUGCGAAUGUAUCAAGGAUUCCGUCUGGGUUGAUGUGGAUGAAAUUGAGAGAAAGUUGAGGGGGGAGUCUACUGAGGACGAGGGUGACGAAAUCGAAUAUUACUACGGGGAUGAGGACGAGGAUGAGAUGGAGGCUAAUGAUCUCCCAACCCCCCCUGAGAGCGUAGAAGGGAAGCCGGUGAAGACUAAAAACCACAAGAAGAGGAAGCUCGAAGAUGGAAAGGAGCGACCUGCUAAGGUUAAGAAGUUGCGGUUGAAGUUGAGCAAAGAGGCUGCCCCUGAGCCGUGUAUUCUCUGCCCUAAUAAUAUUCCAUAUGAAGAGUUGGUAGCUACAGAUGAUGGCCAAAAGGCUCAUAGGCUGUGCGCUAUCUAUACGCCUGAAACCUACUUCAAAUGGGAUGAGGCUCAGCAACAGGAGGUUGUCGCAAAUAUCCCCGGAAUCCCGAGGGCUCGGCUCGAGCUCAGAUGCAUAUUCUGCCGAUCAACAAAGGGUGCCUGCUUCCAAUGCUCCUCCAAGAAAUGCGCAAGAGCGUAUCAUGCUACCUGCGCUGCGGCAGCUGGCGUCCUGGUUAACAUGUUUGACGUUCCUCACUAUGGUGAAGAUGGCCAGAUGUAUCCACAAACAGAUAUCGACUUCCGUUGUAGAUUUCAUAGGCCCAAGCGUCCCAAGGGCAUGGAUAGCGAGAAAUUAGAGAGCGAUAUGGUGGUACGGAAAUUUGCUAACAGUCUCAUUAAGGGUGAUGUUAUCCAGAUGCAGUAUUACAGGGGGGACAUCUUUGGCGGUGUGGUCAUCGAGAAUAGAUACAGUGAGGAGUGUGUGGUGGUCAAUGUCUUACCAAAAGGGACUGAAUCACUGGAAGUUGAAUGGAAGUGGAUAUUGGCUCAAGAUCCUUCAACGGUUCCUCUGCCUUUGCCAUUGACCGAGAUGCCUAUGUAUCCAACGGCACAACAAUCAGGAGUUGCGACCACAAAAGCUCCCAAGCUGGUUCCUGAGCCCGACGAUCCCUUUUGUGACGAAGCAUCCGGCCUUAAGUGGGGAGAACUUAUUAUGGCGGGUCCCCCGGUAAACGCAGAUCAAGCUCCGGUUGACCUUAGCAAUUCUAUAUGGCAUUAUCUUGGGGAACACUCAACGGAGUACAUUGCCAAAUAUACCGAUGAUCCGGAAAAGAGGGUCCCGAACGAAGCUGCAAGUAUGGGGUCUACUAGGAAGCCCAGGGCUAAGAUAAUCAAGACUCCAGCUAAGGUCUUGAAACCUAUGCACCAUAGCCCAGGUCCCCUCCAACGCUCACAAGAGCUGCAGUCUCCUUAUACACCAGACCAAACUCGCGACCACCAUUCUCCUCAAAGUCAUCUUACAGGAGGAGGGGUUAACAUUAGCCACCUCUCUCAACAGCAAUUAUGGCCUUCCGCCUAUCAACCCUCUGUCCCAACUGUUUCAAGUGGUACCUCCAUUGCCAAUAUCGUUGCAGAUGCUACUAAAGCAUUUAUUAACGAGCACGCACUGUUCCAGACACAAGAACAUGCGAUAUUGACUCAAAUUUUGCCGGGCCGGGAGACUGGGAUGUCUGCUAGCCAGCCCUUAACCUUGAUGAAUGACGGAGCAAGACAGCACGAUGACGACUUCUCCAAUCAAGAAAGCAUACAAUCAUCCACUACCUCGAAUUCGAUGAUCGACCCUCAACUCAUGGCGCAAGGUACUGGGCUGGUUGCUACCCCCCCAUCCCAACAGAUCGAGGCCUAUGACCCUGUCUUUGUUGCGCAGCAAACAUCCGCUCUCUCCACACAAACCACAGGGCCUGCGCAUGACAUGACAGAAACGCUUCCCCGCGGAGUAAACAGCCCUGAGCAGGUGUCUGCUCCGACCGUAGUUGCAACGCCUCAGGGUUCCUCAAUUACUUCCGUCCCUCAGUCCCCCCCACCUUCCUCCGCGUUACCAGCAGUCGAUCACUCGCCCAAUACUUCUCUCCCACACCAGCCUCUGAGUUCAACCCCUCCUCGCAAGUUGGUUCCGUUGGCAGAUAUCCAGGCCGCCCUUGCGCAACUGGCCAGAGCAAAGGCUCAGGAACAAAAGGCGAAAGCAGACGUAGAGGCAGCGCAGGCAGAGGUAGGGGCAGCACGGGCCCGGGCGCGACAGUCUGCAGCAACAGCGUUUGGGCAGACACCAGCUCCGCCAUCCCAAGCAUAAUUUUCUGCUUUCCACCAAUUGAAGCCCCCCUUAAUUUCUGUACAUGAUAAUCUCAUAAUGGCAGACUAUGUAAGAUUUGUCUGUUAGUUGUUGUUUUCUUUUUUUUUGGUGGGGGUGGUAUGGGUGUACUUUUUUUUCCUUCCUUUCUCCUCCCAUCUGAUUUGUUUUCUUGUUGGUUUUUUAUCCGGGUGAAUAAGGUAUUAUGCAGCUUUAGUCUUAUGUUUUGUUUCUUUCCUCCUCUUCCUUUCACUAUUUUCCCACUCUCACUUCUCCCUUCUAUGGAAUCCUCCCUUGCUCAAGUGUAUUUAUGUAUCUCCUACACGACACUGCCUACUCCCCCAAUAUGAAUAUCUCUAGUAUCCAACUCUUGCUGAGGGGGAGAGCCAUAUUUUCUUUUUCUUUUUCACAAAACUAUUAUACUGAGACAGAAUUGGGAGGUCCUUGUUAUUUACCUAUUUUUUCCCCUUCUUUCUCCUCUUUAUUUUAUCCUUCCUCUUAUGGGACGAGUACCUACCGUAUUGUCCACUAAGUUCUGUACAGCAUCAAAGUCCCCCCCCACCAACCAUAGAAGUGUAAAAUAAUUCACUUGACCUAAAAGCGA